CCCCAUCCUUUGUCCCUCACUCCCCAUCCCCUUCCCCCUCACUCCCCAUCCCUUGCCCCUCACUCCCUCAUCACUUGCCCCUCACUUCCCCAUCCCCUGCCCCUCACUCCUCCAUCCCCUCCCCUGCCCCUCACUCCCCAUCCCUUGUCCCUCACUCCCCAUCCCCUGCCCCUCACUCCCCAUCCUCAGCCCCUAACUCUCCCAUCCCCUGCCCCUCGCACCCCAUUCCCUGACCCUCACUUCCCCAUCUCCACCCCUCACUCCCCUUUCCCUGCCCCUUACUCCCCAUCUCCUGCCCUCCUCCCCAUCCUCUGCCCCUAA